AUGCCUCGCAGAGAGAUAAUUUGUCCAAACUGUGAAAUGCCAGUGGAUCUUUGCCCGGUCUUUUGCGGUCCUCCACCUGAGGGAAGUGCGACGACCACCGAAGCUGAGGAGGGCCAGAAACCUCCGCGCAAGAAACGCAUCAAGAAGAAGAAACAGCAGCAGCACCAUCCUCCUCCCUCUCAAGCCCCUCCCCCACCACCUCCUCAGCCUCUACAACAAGAGCAACAGGUUCAGAAAUCCCAACUGCAGAAACAAGUCCACGAGGAGCAAGCCCGGGCCCAGGAGCAACAGAUGGAUGACGAGCUCGAGCAGCGGAUGGCGCAGCUGCAGUUGCAGGAACCUCGAGCGCAGCAGCAUCAUCACCAACACCGUCAUGACGAUGGCCGUCAUGUUCACUACCACUUCCAUCACCACGUUCACUACCAUCGCUAG